CUUCUCUUCUCUCCCACGAAACAUUUCGCCUGCUCUGACAGCCAUGGCCCACCUGCAGCUCUCGGCGGUCGCCGGUGGCGGCGGCCGUGCGGCGGCGGCGGGAGGGGGCGGCGACGACAUGGAGGACGUGGCGCUGCUCGGCUCGUACGACGAGGAGAUGGGGGCGCCGCCGGCGGGAGGCGGCGCCGGGGAGGAGGAGGAGGAGGAGGAGGAGGAGGAGGAGGAGGCGCAGGUGCGGGUGACGGGCAUGACGUGCUCGGCGUGCACGAGCGCCGUCGAGGCCGCCGUCUCCGCCCGCCGGGGCGUGCGGCGCGUCGCCGUGUCGCUGCUCCAGAACCGCGCCCGCGUCGUCUUCGACCCCGCGCAACUCAAGGUAGAGGAUAUAAUAGAAGCUAUAGAAGAUGCUGGAUUUGAAGCUGAAAUGCUCCCAGAUUCUGCAGUUUCUCAACCUAAGACACACAAGACAUUGUCAGCACAAUUUAGGAUAGGAGGAAUGACAUGUGCUAAUUGUGUAAACUCGGUUGAGGGUAUCUUAAAAAAACUGCCAGGUAUAAAAGGAGCAGUCGUUGCCUUGGCAACGUCAUUAGGCGAAGUUGAGUAUGUUCCUUCUGCCAUUAGCAAGGAUGAAAUUGUUCAAGCUAUCGAGGAUGCUGGUUUUGAAGCUGCAUUCUUACAGAGUAGCGAGCAAGAUAAGAUUUUCCUUGGCCUGACUGGCUUGCACACUGAGAGCGAUGUAGAUAUACUACAUGACAUCCUUAAGAAGAUGGCUGGUCUGCGACAGUUUAGUGUAAAUACCGCCCUCUCAGAAGUUGAGAUCGUAUUCGAUCCAGAAGCUGUUAGUCUGAGAGCAAUUGUGGAUACUAUUGAAAUGGGAAGCAAUGGGAGAUUGCAAGCGCAUGUGCAGAAUCCUUAUACUCAAGGGGCUUCAAACGAUGCACAGGAGGCCUCCAAAAUGCUCCAUCUUCUCCGCUUUAGCUUACUCCUAAGUAUUCCUGUAUUCUUUAUACGUAUGGUCUGCCCAAGUAUACCUUUCAUCAGUACACUACUGCUCAUGCACUGUGGACCAUUUCUUAUGGGGGAUCUGGUGAACUGGAUAUUGGUAAGCGUUGUACAGUUUGUCGUCGGCAAGCGAUUCUAUAUUGCGGCUUACAGGGCCUUGAGACAUGGUUCUACAAAUAUGGAUGUGUUAGUUGUUCUUGGCACCACCGCGUCGUAUGUAUACUCCGUUUGCGCACUCCUAUAUGGAGCAUUUACUGGAUUUCGACCUCCCAUAUAUUUUGAGACAAGUGCAAUGAUAAUUACGUUUGUGUUAUUCGGGAAGUAUCUUGAGGUUCUUGCAAAGGGGAAGACAUCAGAUGCUAUUAAGAAGCUUGUCGAACUUGUCCCUGCUACUGCUCUUUUGCUUCUGAAAGACAAAGAAGGAAAAUAUGUUGGCGAGAGAGAGAUUGAUGCGCUGUUGGUCCAACCUGGUGAUGUCUUGAAAGUGUUACCUGGUUCAAAGGUUCCUUCUGAUGGGAUUGUUGUUUGGGGGACAAGCCAUAUCAAUGAAAGUAUGAUAACUGGUGAAUCUGCACCCGUCCCCAAAGAAGCAUCAAGUGUAGUAAUUGGAGGAACAAUCAACUUACACGGAAUCCUUCAUAUACAAGCAACUAAAGUAGGAUCAGGGACAGUUUUGAGUCAGAUAAUUUCUCUGGUUGAAACUGCUCAAAUGUCCAAAGCCCCCAUUCAGAAAUUUGCUGAUUAUGUGGCUAGCAUUUUUGUUCCUAUCGUCAUAACCUUGUCCGUUCUAACAUUCUCUGUGUGGUUCUUCUGUGGAUGGUUGGGAGCAUAUCCACAUUCAUGGUUUGAUGGAACCAGCAAUUGCUUUGUUUUCUCCCUCAUGUUUGCCAUAUCUGUUGUGGUGAUUGCUUGCCCUUGUGCUCUUGGUCUGGCAACACCAACUGCUGUAAUGGUGGCAACUGGAAUCGGGGCUAAUCAUGGAGUACUUGUAAAAGGUGGAGAUGCGUUGGAGAGGGCUCAAAAUGUAAAUUACGUGAUUUUUGAUAAAACAGGAACACUAACUCAAGGAAAGGCUGUUGUAACAACUGCAAAGAUUUUCUCGGGAAUGGACCUUGGAGAUUUCCUCACACUAGUAGCAUCUGCAGAGGCAAGCAGUGAGCAUCCUCUUGCAAAAGCUGUUUUGGACUAUGCAUUUCAUUUCCAUUUCUUUGGCAAGCUCCCUUCAUCUAAGGAUGGCAUUGAGCAAAGAAAAGAAGAGAUAUUAUCCCGAUGGUUGCUUGAAGUUGAAGAUUUCGCCGCAGUGCCUGGCAAAGGAGUUCAAUGUUUGAUCAACGAGAAGAAAGUUUUGAUUGGAAACCGCACCUUGAUGAGUGAAAACGGGGUAAGCGUUCCUCCGGAAGCGGAAAGUUUCUUGGUAGACCUGGAAAUGAAUGCAAAAACAGGCAUUCUGGUGGCAUAUGACCGUACUUUUGUGGGGCUCAUGGGGAUAACUGAUCCCCUGAAAAGAGAGGCCGCUGUAGUUGUGGAAGGACUAAAAAAGAUGGGUGUUCAUCCGGUGAUGCUCACCGGUGACAACUGGAGAACUGCACAAGCUGUUGCGAAAGAGGUAGGCAUCGAGGAUGUGAGAGCUGAGGUCAUGCCUGCUGGAAAAGCCGACGUUGUUCGCUCACUCCAAAAGGAUGGGAGUAUAGUUGCCAUGGUUGGGGACGGCAUCAACGACUCCCCGGCUCUAGCAGCAGCCGAUGUUGGGAUGGCCAUCGGAGGCGGCACGGACAUCGCCAUCGAGGCCGCAGACUAUGUGCUUGUGAGGAACAAUCUGGAAGAUGUCAUCACGGCGAUCGAUCUGUCCCGGAAGACGUUCAACCGGAUCCGCUGGAACUAUUUCUUCGCGAUGGCGUACAACGUCGUCGCCAUACCAGUUGCCGCCGGAGCACUGUUCCCGUUCACUGGGCUCCAGAUGCCGCCGUGGCUGGCCGGUGCCUGCAUGGCAUUCUCGUCUGUAAGUGUUGUGUGUUCCUCGCUGUUGUUGAGAAGAUACAGAAAACCAAGGCUCACUACCUUGUUGCAGAUAACUGUAGAGUGAUUGUUAAUACUGUAAGCCCUUUUCCCCAUUUUUAGAGAAAUGAAAUGAAAUGUCGUCUUCUAUAAA